GGAUGAAAGAUUGGGGCUGCUGACAGUUUAUUUACAACUUUUGGAUUUUGGGGUGACAAUGAAAUUGUGCCUGGACUCCACACAGUCUAUCCUCCUGUUGCUGCUAUUGGCCCAGCUGCUUGUCCUUUCAUGGUCACGCCCCACCAUCAAGUGCCCCCUCUGUGCCCAUCUGACAAUGAUGGUCCAGCAAAUGAGAAGCCUGCAGAUGCUGACAAGUAAUCUACAGAGUGAAAGGGAUUUCAGCGGUAUAGAGCUUAUGGAGUACAACCUAGACUCUCUUCCAGAGAUGGAGCACACGGCAAAUCACCUCAGUUCACUAAAGCUAAACAACUCCCUCUCACAACUUUACACCGAUCUCUGCUCCUUUAAACUGCACGUUGACUGGCUGAUUGAUGUCCGAGUCAAUAUGAGCCUGCCAGUCUCUCCCAAGACAGUAGAGGUCACUAAAGGCCUGCAUAAUCUCUCAAGCCUCUGUUCGACUGCACUAAAGCAGAUUGCAUGCACACUACCCCAGAUUUCCAUUCCCUCCUUCCCAACACAACUCACAACCUGGGAUGUGGCUCUCCUCUCCUACAAGAUUCCUGAACAGUUAAGAUUCUACUGUCAAUGGUCUACCAGAGUGCUGCUCUUCCUUAGGUCACAGGUUCAGGGCCUUUGACAUAAAGUUUCCCGUCAUCUAGGUUCCUACUCUGUGCAACAACAAAUGCCUUUCUCCAAAGCACUGUUAACUUAUUCAAUUUAACUAGAGGUUUUACUUUUCUAAGUACGCUUACUUACUGUGAAUGCGAAUUGUGUUCAACUUGAGUAUCUAAGAUUCAGCUUACUGUAACAUGUCAUUCUUUCAAACAUAAUGCACUCUAUAAGGUCAAUUGCUUUUUACCUCACCCUUUAGUCUUAGCUCAUUUAAAUGUUGAAAUGCAAAUUCUAUUUCUUUAAUAUACAGUCAUUUAUAAUAUCCUUAUUACAGUGCUGUUACUGAAUAAUGUGAUUGAGUUAGGGUUAACCCUAACCCUAAAUCUGAACGAGCCUAUGACCCUGUUUUGUAUUGUGUUUACUGAAUGUACAGUUAUUUAUUAACCAAGUGUCUCAUAUCUGAGCCUAUUAUAUUUGUGAUGCUGGCAUCACAUAUUUUUAUAAAAAUACAUGAUAAUAUCCAUGGGAUUUACCCAUUUAAAAUAAA